GGGACCGCGGAGAAGUGGUCCCGGGUGUUGUCACCGAGGGGCAGGGCCGCCCGCCCGAGCCCGAGGCUGACCACCCCCUGGUGUCACGGAGGGAAGCAGGGAGCGGAGGCGAUGUCAGGAAGGGGCGGGGGAGAGAGCAGGAAGAGCCAGGAUGAACAUGACUCAAGCCGGGGCUCUGGGGGCUGCAGCUGCAGGGCUGGUGGUUGUUCUCCUCUACGCCUCCAUCCACAGGAUCGAGGAGGGACACCUUGCUGUGUACUACAGGGGAGGAGCUUUACUUACUAGCCCCAGUGGACCAGGCUAUCAUAUUAUGUUGCCUUUUAUUACCACCUACAGAUCUGUUCAGACAACACUACAAACUGACGAAGUUAAGAAUGUGCCCUGUGGAACAAGUGGUGGGGUCAUGAUCUAUAUUGACCGAAUAGAAGUUGUUAAUAUGCUGGCUCCUUUUGCAGUAUUUGAUGUUGUGAGGAACUACACUGCAGAUUAUGAUAAGACUUUAAUCUUCAAUAAAAUACAUCAUGAGUUGAACCAGUUUUGCAGUGCCCACACUCUUCAGGAAGUUUACAUUGAACUGUUCGAUCAGAUAGAUGAAAACUUGAAGCAGGCCUUACAGAAAGAUCUGAACGUCAUGGCACCUGGUCUCACUAUACAGGCUGUGCGUGUUACAAAACCCAAAAUUCCAGAAGCCAUAAGAAGAAAUUUUGAGCUAAUGGAAGCUGAGAAGACCAAACUCCUUAUAGCUGCACAGAAGCAAAAGGUGGUGGAGAAAGAAGCAGAAACAGAGAGGAAAAAGGCUAUUAUAGAGGCAGAAAAAACUGCACAGGUGGCAAAAAUCCGGUUUCAGCAAAAGGUGAUGGAGAAAGAAACUGAGAAACGCAUUUCUGAAAUUGAAGACGCUGCAUUCCUGGCCCGAGAGAAGGCAAGAGCUGAUGCAGAAUACUAUACUGCACACAAACAUGCCGCUUCCAACAAGCUCAAACUAACGCCGGAAUAUCUGGAGCUUAAAAAGUACCAGGCCAUUGCUGCAAACAGUAAGAUCUACUUUGGCAGCAGCAUCCCUAGCAUUUUCAUGGAUUCCUCUUGUGCUUUCAAAUAUCCAGAUGCCAGGACUGGGAGAGAAAUCUCUCUCCUCUCCAAGGAGGCCCCAGAGUCCUCUGAGAAAAGCCCCAUUGGAAACAAAGCAAGCACAGGUUGAUGCAAGAGCUGGAAAGACUCGUCUGUGUCAAGAUAUGGCAGUCGGGA